GGCUCAAGGAGUGAGGACACCGUCGUAAACCUGCGAAAUCCACGCGUGCCGCACUGUUCGCUACCUGUGCUGCGCUGUUCGCUUGAUGCCUUGCGAGAUUUUCAGCGGAUCGAAAUAUUUUUUUGAAAAUAGGAGAUCGCGCGAGGAUGUUUUACAGAUUGAUACUAGGAUCCGAAGAAAGACGAAAAAGGAUUGGGGAGAAUGCCAAUGCGUCGCUCAGUCGAUCGAGGCCUGCGAUUUAGAUCUGAUGGAAACUACUCAUGCGAUCUGCCUUUGAUUUUUGUCGAGAUCCACAUCAUCUAUUCCACGAUCCUUUCGAGUACGAUUCAUUUUCCAUUCAUGAUCUUUGUUUUUCUUGACAACAGGCCCAGAAAAAUAGGGAUACGGCAAUAUUAGAUUUAGAACGAAACAAAAACGUAACGGCAAAGCGACAUUCUUCUCCUUGUGUCACCUUUAGUGUCAACAUCAACUUGUUGUAGUUAGACGGUUCUUCUUCGGACUGUUGUUCUCACAAGUAAAGUAGAAGCGAUUUUUGCACCAGAUAGUACAGGUAAGUAGGUUUUCGCUUAUUUUAUCGUACCAAGCGCAACUUUUUCUUUUUUGGUUUGUCUUUUUUUACAAAAUCCUAACACAAAAAUGAAGUUGGUGGUUUUCUUGCGAAAGUUGGCGAACGAAAGCGUCAGCGUGGAUUUGAAGAGUAAUGUGAAAGUGGACGGAACGAUUAUUGGGGUGGACAUGCAGAUGAACAUCCACAUGAAGAACGUGAAGGUACUGCAUUUUUAUAAAUUGUUUUGUUGUAGUACUCAAAAAAAUGUUUUUGUCACGACCCAUGAUCCGUAGCCAAGGCAUGUUUACUUUUUUCGUGUCAUAGGACCGACUAGCCAGGACGACAACCGCUUCUGUCAUCAUUACAACAGGUCACUUCCCCGGGACGAGAGGCGGCGCCAAUGGAGCACUUGACACUGCGAGGAAACACUAUCCGGUCAGUGUGUUUACCCGACAAUUUGGCACUGGAAACUCUGCUAACGGAAAAGGAGCCACGAAGAAAGCGCCCCGCCGGGAAGGGCAAGGGAAAAGCAGGCGGCCGUGGCGCGGGAUUUCCGAUCAAGAAUAAGAUGAUCACAAACUAGAAGUAAGAACCUUUCUUGGAAGAUGAGGGGCAGCUCUGUAGUGCGUAGAGGCGCAAUAAUUGAUAGCACUCGAGUCUGACCACCAGCUCCUCCGUAGCUUCUCACACUUGUACUUACUACAGACUGGGACACGAACCUCCGCGAACAAACAAAGUGCCAAGCACCUCAGGUCCCUCUGAGGAUUGUAGACACGAAUUUGCAGUAACAGUCGCGCCUUUCGGAAGAAGUACAGCAACCUACCUACCCAUAAAGAUGAACUUGCAGCAACUCGACGC